AUGGGCAACUGCUGCGUGGCCCGGCCGUCGUCAGGCAAGCGGCGGGGCGGGAACCGUGGCGGUGGUGGCGCUGGCGGGAACCGUGGCGGGCGCCUGGGCGGCGCCAACGUGCGGUCCUGCUCCACGCUGUCCUCCAUCUCCAACGCCGCGCGCGCCACGGCGACGCAGGCGUGGACGCCGCUGACCGUGCUGGGGAAGGGCCUGGCCGCGGAGGCCAGCGUGGAGGAGCUGCUCCGGCGGUACGAGCUCGGCGAGGAGCUGGGACGCGGCGAGUUCGGCGUGACGCGGCGGUGCACGGACACGUCCACGGGCGAGGUGCUCGCGUGCAAGUCCAUCAGCAAGCGCAUGCUGCGCAGCAGCGUCGACAUCGAGGACGUCCGGCGGGAGGUGGCCAUCAUGCGGUCGCUGCCCGAGCACCCCAACGUCGUGCGCCUGCGAGAGGCAUUCGAGGACGGCGACACCGUGCACCUCGUCAUGGAGGUCUGCGAGGGCGGCGAGCUCUUUGACCGCAUCGUCUCGCGCGGGCACUACACCGAGCGCGCGGCCGCCGGCGUCAUGCGCACCAUCAUGGAAGUCGUCCUGCAUUGCCACCAGCAUGGCGUCAUGCACCGGGACCUCAAGCCUGAGAACUUUCUGUAUGCCAACACAUCUGAGAACUCGGCUCUCAAGGUCAUCGACUUUGGUCUCUCUGUGUGCUUCAAACCAGGUGACAGGUUCAGUGAGAUCGUUGGAUCCCCCUACUACAUGGCUCCUGAAGUCCUGAAGAGGAACUAUGGGCAAGAAGUAGAUAUAUGGAGUGCAGGAGUCAUCCUCUACAUCUUGCUAUGUGGCGUCCCACCAUUCUGGGCAGAGACUGAUGAGGGCAUAGCACAGGCUAUCAUCCGGUCCAACCUCGACUUCCAGAGAGAGCCUUGGCCAAAGGUGUCUGAAAAUGCAAAAGAUCUUGUGAGGAAGAUGCUUGAUCCGAGCCCUUACUCUCGGUUAACUGUCCAGCAGGUUCUAGAACAUCCUUGGAUACAGAAUGCCAGUGCAGCUCCCAAUAUCCCACUCGGAGAAGCAGUGAGGUCCAGGUUGAAGCAAUUCACUGUUAUGAACAAGUUCAAGAAGAAGGCUCUGCUUGUGGUGGCAGAGUACCUACCAGCCGAAGAGCUGGAAACAAUCAGGGAGUUGUUUCACAUGCUGGACACCAACAAGGAUGGGCAUCUGACAAUCGAAGAACUCAGGAAGGGACUGCGAUUGAUCGGGCACAAUGUCCAUGACACAGAUGUUGAUAUGCUCAUGGAAGCUGCAGACAUGGACGGCAAUGGAACCCUGGACUGCAAGGAAUUUGUGACAGUCUCCAUUCACCUGAAAAAAAUCCGCAGCGAGGAUCACCUGCCCAAGGUGUUCAGCUACUUCGACAAGAAUGGGAGCGGGUACAUCGAGAUGGAAGAGUUGAAGGAGGCCCUCUCUCCAAGAGGUGACCAGAAGGCGAUCGACGACAUAAUCCUAGAUGUCGACAAAGACAAGGACGGGAAGAUAAGCUAUGAGGAGUUUGAGCUGAUGAUGAAAGCUGGAGUGGACUGGAGGAACACGUCGCGGCAGUACUCGAGAGCGGUUUACAACACCCUCAGCCGCAAGAUGUUCAAGGAUGUGUCCCUGAAGCUUGGCAUUAACAAUGGUCCACUUGCUGCAGCCGUCAAAGAACAAUAA